AUGAAGUCGUUUCUUCUCAACGCAGGCGCCCUGCUUUCGUGGGCCUCGACUGCCCACUCUCUCACCUACACCAAUGUUUCCGAAGUCCCACUGUACGGACAAAGCCCACCUGUCUUUCCAUCACCCGAAGGUAAUGGAGGGACCGACCCGGCAUGGCAAGCUGCGUACGCGAAAGCACGCAAAAUUGUCGAGCAGCUCACAUUGUUGGAGAAGGUCAACAUGACCCGCGGUCAUGAAGGGCUAUGCGUGGGUAAUGGUGGAAAGGUCCCCAGACUGGGGAUACCCGCCGCAUGUUAUGCCGAUGCUCCAGAUGGCAUCCGAGGGCAAGAGUUCGUCUCGGCCUUUCCAGCACAGCUGACGGUCGGUGCCACUUUUGACAAGCAGCUCAUGUACGAGUAUGGCAAGGCGUUGGGUGAGGAAUAUCGAGGCAAAGGGAUCAACUCGGCUCUCUUACCUGUCGCGGGUCCCUUGGGCCGAAUCGCGCGUGGGGGCCGCAACUGGGAGGGCUUUGGCGCGGAUCCGUUCUUGUCAUCGGUUGGCAUGUACGAGGUUACCUCUGGGCUGCAGUCCGCUGGGGUCAUCGCCACAAUGAAGCACUGGCUCCUCAAUGAGCAAGAAUAUCGUAGGAUCCCCGGAGACUUGGGGGAAGCCAUUUCCAGUAAUGCAGAUGAUCGGACCAUUCACGAGUUAUACGCAUUUCCGUUCAUGGGUGCUGUGAAAGCAGGUGCUGCUUCGGCUAUGUGCUCUUAUCAACGCGUCAACAACUCGUACAGCUGCCAGAAUUCCAAGCUGUUGAACGGCAUCCUGAAGGGAGAGUUGAACUUCCAAGGCUUCGUGGUAUCCGACUGGGAUGCUCAAAUGUCAGGCGUUGCAACCGCCAAUGCCGGCAUGGAUCUCGUGAUGGGGAAUGGAGGAUAUUGGGGUGACAACCUGACGCAGGCCGUCACUAAUGGCUCCGUGGCAGAGACCCGCCUCAACGACAUGGUGACUCGAAUCCUCGCGGCGUGGUAUCACCUAGGGCAAGAUGCCGGUUUUCCAGAAGUGGGCGUGUACUCUUAUGACGAGCAACAUCCCAUCAUCGAUGUUCGUGGCGACCAUGGCGCGCUGAUUCGCAAGAUCGGGGCCGCUGGGGCAGUUUUAGUCAAGAACGUCAAUCACGCUUUGCCACUGAAAAAGCCAAGGUUCCUCAAUAUAUACGGCUAUGAUGCCAAAACCCCCGACUCUCCCUGGACCACGCCUUCGCGAUACGGAGGCGGUUAUGAUGUGAAUUUCGGUUGGGAAACAUUCAAUGGCACUCUCGCUACCGCCGGGGGCAGUGGCUCGAGCACACCUUCAUACAUGGUCUCUCCCUUCGAUGCCAUUCAGCGCAGAGUCAUGGCAGAUCGAGGCAUGGUUCGAUGGGACUUUGCGAGUGAGAAUCCAACUGUGUACGCCAACGCAGAUGCGUGCCUGGUCUUCAUUAAUGCCUAUUCAUCCGAACAAUUUGACAGGACUCGUCUCACCGACGAAUUUUCCGACAAUUUGGUCAACAAUGUUGCAGCGAAAUGCUCAAACACCAUGGUGGUUUUGCACACUGCUGGUACUCGCGUCGUGGACGAGUGGAUUGAGCAUGAGAAUGUCACGGCUGUGAUCUACGCUUUGCUGCCUGGAGAGGAGUCGGGAAACUCCAUUGUUGACGUUCUCUACGGCGAUGAUGGACCGUCGGGACGUCUGCCCUUCACCGUCGCGAAGAGUGACAGCGACCAUGGAACUCUGCUGAACUCGACCAUCGGAUCCGGUCCCUUUCCCCAGUGUGACUUUGCUGAAGGGCUGUACAUUGACUACCGCCACUUCGAGCAGCAGAACGUAACUCCUAGAUUCGAGUUCGGAUUUGGCUUGAGCUACAGCAGCUUCAAGUACUCCAACCUCGUCAUCACUCCCGUGAGCAGCAACACGCACGAAUGGCCGACCCCGAACGUGCCGAUUCCCCAAGGCGGCCAUCCUGAGCUGUGGGAGACGCUCUUCCAUGUGACACUUGACAUUACGAAUACUGGAGGUGUCGCAGCAGCCGAAAUCCCACAACUCUAUGCUUCCAUUCCGACCGCACCGAAGUGGCAACUCCGUGGCUUUGAUCGUGUUUUUCUGGAGCCUGAGCAGACCAAGCGCGCGACUAUGAAGAUCUCGAGGAGAGAUCUCUCGGUGUGGAACGUGGUUCAUCAGCAGUGGCAGUUACAGCAGUGCGAGUAUCCUGUUUUUGUCGGUUCUUCUUCUCAGACGCCGCUGCUGGAGGGCUCGAUCACUUUCUGA